GGAAGAGGAAAGGCACCCACUCGGUAUAGAUACUUUUGCUGGACCGUUGAAGCAAGAAAACAAAUUUCGCAAUUGCAGUCGUGGUUCUUCACUUCUGCAUGAUAAAACUAAAAGGAAAUGAAUCGACAGCACUUUUAAAGAAAAAUAGUAAAAAAUCUUACGCAGGCGAGUACUCAAGCCUUCCCGACAACGUGGUCUCUCCGGUGAGAGGAGUAGACAAAAACGCAGCCGGGCCUCUAGCAUCUGAUCCAGGGAACAUAAAUCCCACGACACCACCUAAAAAGCCACCGUCCUACUUUGACAAAAACAAGCUCGUGGGGCACAUUCCGGUGAAAAAAGAUAUGGCGUUCUCAAACGUUACAUUCUCAACUGUUACAUGAAUUUGUGAUGCAAGAAUGGGAAAAGCAAAAGAAGGGAGCUUGCGCCUCUCGCAUUACAAAUUUGGCACAGAUUUUAGUGCUGUUUAGCCCUUCAAAAAUUUAUCAUGCGAAGUAGCUUCAUCGUAUGGAUCCUGAUGUGCAUUUUGCAUGACAAAUCAUGUAACAGUUGAGAAUGUAACGUUUGAGAGCUCCAUAAAAGAGAAACGCGAGGAGUUCCGGGAUUUCAACCUGAAAGUGCACGACAUAGAAAAGGCGAAGUCGUCGCAGUUCGCCGGCGCCGGG